UCUUAUUGCUGAGCUUUAUGUUUCGAACAGUGCUCUCUAGUCCCAGUACAGUACCUGAGCACCCUGUGCAGUGAUGGGUACCCUCUGAUUGGUCGCACUCCAAAUUGGCAACCCUUUGUUAAGGGCAGGGCUGGUGCAGUAAAGAUUGAGCAUAGAAAGAAUGACCAAGAGAGGCAGGUAGCAACCGCAUAUUAGAAGGCAAGGAGGGAAGUCGCCAGCGUCCCCUCGGAGUCUUGCUCUUCCAGAGUAUUUGCUGCGCAGUUGCGAUGCCUGUGGAAGCCGAAGCCGCACUUCCUGCAUGGCCCCUCCAGCCAGCGGGGCACCUCAGAUGAGAGCUGCACCCAGGCCAGUGUCAGCACCUCAGCCGCCAGCAGUGGCUCCACCAUCUGCUAUUGGCUCCCCUGCUGCUGCACCCUGGCAGCCAGGUCUGUUGGCCCAGAUGGCAGCCACUGCAGCUGGCGUGGCUGUGGGUUCUGUUGUCUGCCACACGCUAGGUCGUACCAUCACUGGGGGCUUGAGUGGCAAGAGUAAUGCUGAGCCCUCAAGGCCUGACAUCACUUACCAGGAGUCUCAGGGAGCCCAGCCCACACAGCAGGAGCAGUCUGGCCCAUGCUUCUUUGAGGUGAAACAGUUUUUGGAGUGUACUUGUAUUUUAUGGCAUGAAAGUCACCCAGAACCAGGGUGACUUUAAGCUUUGUGUAA